UUUUUUUUUUUUUUUUUUUUUUUUGAAAAAAUAAAAAAUUUUUAAAUAAUUUAUUUCCAUUUGCGUAUUUAAUAAAAGUUAUUGAUAUGAUUUCCGAAGUAACGAUUCAUCAGACCUAUAAAUAUAUCGAAUCUAACCAAAUUCAAGCGGUCUAUAAAUUUCCAAUUCUUAAUUCUUCAACCAUUUGUAACUUUGAAGCAAAAAUUGAUGACGAACGAAAAAUUAAAGGAAUUGUUAAAGAAGUUGACCAGGCAACUAAAGAAUAUGAAGAAGCUAUUAAAGAAGGAAAUGUUGCUCUUACAAUCGAUGACCAACUGCCUGAUGUUUUUCAAUGUUUUAUCGGUACAAUAUCUUCCGGUCAAACUAUAGAAAUUAAAUUAACUUAUGUUUCCGAACUUCGACAAAAUACUGAAUCUGAAGGAAUUCGGUUCAUUCUUCCAACUGCAAUUGCACAAAAAUAUAAUUAUUAUUCUUUAGAAAAAAAUUCUGAAGUUGAUUUUGAAAAUAAUCAUUUAAGUGAAUUUGAUUCGGAAAAUUGUAAGAUAGAAAUAUCUGUGACUUGUAGAAUGACUGAAGUUAUAACUAGUGUUGAAUCUCCUACUCAUUCUACUAAAUCAGCAUUAAACGUUGGUGAUGCUAAAUUGACUAAAGUUAAAUUAAAUGAAAAAAUUAGUUAUUUGGAAAAGGAUUUCGUGCUCGUGUUUUCAAGUCAAGGAUUAGAUAAACCAAGAGCAUUUGUUGAAUAUAAUCCAAAGACUGGUACGAAUUGUGCUAUGCUCACCUUGGUACCACAAUGUUUACCUUAUAUUGGCCAAUCAGAAUUUAUUUUCAUCGUUGACGUCUCAUUAGAUUCACAGACAUUAAGUCAUAUUCUAAAAGCGUUAGAAUUAGCCCUUUAUUCACUUCCAGAAGAUUCCCUUUUCAAUGUAAUCUCACAAAACUCAUCUCUUUUCCCCGAAAAAAGUCAGAAAUAUUCACAAUCAACAUUUACCACAGCUCUUGAAUUCGUUCAAAAUAUAUCUCAACAAAAUAUUUUUAAUGAAUUUAAUUUAUAUUCUACACUUGAAUCAAUAUUCAACGCGUUAACAAAUAAUUCUACAAAAAUAUUUUAUUUAACGAAUUCAUAUUCAAUUACUAAACAAUAUGAACAAAUCAAGGAAUUAUUUCAUAAUCAAAAAAUCGCUAAUGAAAAUUUUAAUUUUUUCACUUUAUUUGUUGGUGAUGAAAAUAGUAAUAAUGAUAUUUAUAAUUAUUUUGAUUUAUUAACAAAAUUAGGAAGAGGUUAUUCAACUUUUACUAAUUUUAAUGAUAAGUUUGAAAAAAAAUUAAUAUCAAUCAUAAAAAAUUCUUUAGAAAUUCCAUUAAGUAAUUAUGAAAUUAAUUGGAUAGAAGAUGUUGGUGAUACUGAAUUGUUGGAUUAUAGUGAUGAAAAGGAAAUCAUUGUAUUAGAUAAUGAAGAAGGUUAUAACGGUUAUGAUGUUGAUGACGACGACGAUGAUGAAGAUGAUGAUGACGUCGAUGACGAUGAUGAUGAUGAUGAUGAUGAUAACGAAGAUAAAAUUGAAGAAUCUGAUAAAGUACGCAGUCAACUUGAUGAAUCAACUUAUUUAGCUCCCAACCUUUCUCACGAUAAUAAUAAUCAACGACCUAAAAUCUUACAAGCUCCUUCAGCAAUUCCUUUAAUUUAUAACAAACACAAUGCCAUAGUGUACGCUCUUUUAACUAAAGGAAUUAAACCUUCCAAAACUUUACAUAUAAAAGCUCAAUCUCAACAAGGUUUAGUUCAAUUUAAUGUACCGUUAGAUUCGCAUGUUAUUAAAGGGAAAAUUAUUCAUACUUUGGCUGCGAAAAAAUUUAUCGAUUUUGAAGAAAACAAUUUAAAUAAUUUUAAAGGAAAGUCUGUUGAUUCAGAUUCAAAAGUCAAGGAUAAAAUUAUAUCGUUAGGUAAAACGUAUAAUUUAAUUUCUACUUACACUAGUUUUUUGGCGAUUAAUAAAUGGAGUGAAAUCUUCUCUUCAAAGACACCAUCAGAUAUUAAUAACACGCCAAUUUCAAUUUAUCACAAUUAUAAGCCAAAUAAUAAUUCAUUCGCAUAUUUUAAAGAUUUUACGAAAAGAAUUUUUUCACCUUCAUAUACACCAUCAACGGUAUCAUCAGAAUUAUGUAAUUUAAGCAUAAAUUCCAAUUGUAUAUUAUCAAGAUAUACAGGAAAUUUCACAUAUUUCACAUCAAACUUACUUACAAAUCCGGUAACAUUUAUAAAAAAUGGGAUAGAUGAAGUAAUAGAUAGAUAUUCAUAUGAAACCUUAACAUUAGGUAUAAAGCACAAACAUCCAAUUUAUUAUUUAGGUAAUGGAUUAGUUAUGUAUGGAUCAGUAGUAUAUAAAAUUGUUAGAAAAUUUGAGCAAUUUCCUGUAUUUGGAGGAUUAUUUGUUAGACCAGUAGUAAGAUUUAUUGAUGAAUCAAUUUUAAAUAAUAUGAGAUCAUUAGGAAGAACAAGAUUAGAAUUGGAAGAAUUAAGUCCUGAAGAAUUUGAUAAACAUUUUAGAGAAAAUAUUUUUGAAUCACAUGAAGGGAUGAUUAAUCCUAUAAUCGUUCAUGUUGAAACAUUAUUUAAUUUUUUAAAAUUAUUUUCUUUUGAUGGAAAAAUUUUAGAUGAGAUCAAAUUUUAUGAAUUUUUUGGUAAAGAUAAAAAUCAGAUCAAAUUAAAUGAUGAUGAUGAUGAUAAUGAUGAUAAAGUUGAUAAUAAUAAUGAGGAGAUAGAAAAAGAAUGUUUAUUAAUUGCUAUUUCUUUGGCUUAUUUUGAAAUUAUUUUAUGGAAAGAAUUUAAAGAAGAGAGUAUAAUGUUUUAUAAUAAAUCAGAAAGAUCUUUAAAAAAGAUGAUAAAAAUUAAAGAAGGAGAAGAUUUAGAUUUGGAUGAGAAAUAUAAUGAAUUAUUAGGGAAAGCAAGAAAAUUGAUAAAUAAUUGGUUCGAUUAAGAAAAAAAAGAGUAUUACAAGAAAGAUAUUUUAUUAUUAUUAUUAUUAUUAUUAUAUAAAUUAUAUAUAUAUUUUUAUAAAUAAAAUAAAUUUAUUUAAUCGAAAA